AUGAGUUGGAAAAAUGAACGUGAAUCGCAAAUAAGUUGGAAAAAUGAACGUGAAUCGCAAAUAAGUUCUGGUCCCUCGGUUAAUAUUCACAACUCGACGUUCUCAGAAAUCUCAGGAAAUAUUGCGACUAUCGAUGAUAAAACUGGAACUAUCAGCGGUGGAAUGUUUGAUCUUGAGUUAUCUGCAUUAAAAAAAAGUGAUAGUAUUCAGAAGAAACAAUCAUUGCCUUCUAUUCCGAAAUCUC